AGGACAAGGAGAGCGGCGGCUGCAGCAGCGGCGGGAGCUGCGAAGGGGCGGCAGGGAUUCUCGGGGCUGGCUGCUGGGAAGGCGUGGGAGACCCGGUGUGUGGCGCGCCCGGAGCCCCGCGUUUCAGCCCGAGGGAAGGAAGCCAGUUGAGGGAAAUUCUCCAUGAAUGUAUGUCACAAUGAUGAUGACCGACCAGAUCCCUCUGGAACUGCCACCAUUGCUGAACGGAGAGGUAGCCAUGAUGCCUCACUUGGUGAAUGGAGAUGCAGCUCAGCAGGUUAUUCUCGUUCAAGUUAAUCCAGGUGAGACUUUUACAAUAAGAGCGGAGGAUGGAACGCUUCAGUGCAUUCAAGGGCCUGCUGAAGUUCCCAUGAUGUCACCCAAUGGAUCCAUUCCUCCCAUCCAUGUGCCUCCAGGUUAUAUUUCACAGGUGAUUGAAGACAAUACUGGAGUCCGCCGGGUGGUGGUCACACCCCAGUCUCCUGAGUGCUACCCCCCAAGCUACCCCUCGGCCAUGUCUCCAACCCAUCACCUACCCCCCUACCUGACUCACCACCCGCAUUUUAUUCAUAACUCACACACAGCUUACUACCCACCUGUUACUGGACCUGGAGAUAUGCCGCCUCAGUUUUUUCCUCAGCAUCAUCUUCCCCCUACAAUAUACGGUGAACAAGAAAUUAUACCACUCUAUGGAAUGUCGAGUUAUAUCACCCGAGAAGACCAGUACAGCAAGCCUCCGCACAAAAAGCUGAAAGACCGCCAGAUUGACCGCCAGAAUCGCCUCAACAGCCCUCCUUCUUCGAUCUACAAGAGCAACUGCACAACUGUGUACAACGGCUACGGGAAGGGCCACAGUGGUGGUGGCGGCGGAGGCGGGGGAGGAGGCAGCGGUGGGCCGGGCGUUAAGAAAACAGAGCGGCGAGCAAGAAGCAGUCCGAAGUCAAGUGACGCAGACUUGCAAGAGUAUGAGUUGGAAGUAAAGAGGGUGCAAGACAUUCUUUCGGGAAUAGAGAAGCCACAGGUUUCUAAUAUUCAGGCAAGAACGGUUGUGUUGUCCUGGGCUCCCCCUGUUGGACUUUCAUGUGGACCCCACAGUGGUCUUUCCUUCCCCUACAGCUACGAGGUUGCUCUGUCAGACAAAGGACGAGAUGGAAAAUACAAGAUAAUUUACAGCGGAGAAGAAUUAGAAUGUAACCUGAAAGAUCUUAGGCCAGCAACCGAUUAUCAUGUGAGGGUAUAUGCUAUGUACAAUUCCGUAAAGGGAUCCUGCUCCGAGCCGGUUAGCUUCACCACCCACAGCUGCGCCCCCGAGUGUCCUUUCCCGCCUAAGCUGGCACACAGGAGCAAAAGUUCACUAACCUUGCAGUGGAAGGCACCAAUUGACAACGGUUCAAAAAUCACCAACUACCUUUUAGAAUGGGAUGAGGGAAAAAGAAACAGUGGUUUCAGACAGUGCUUCUUUGGGAGCCAAAAACACUGCAAAUUGACAAAGCUGUGUCCGGCAAUGGGGUACACAUUCAGGCUGGCUGCUCGGAAUGACAUUGGCACCAGUGGGUAUAGCCAAGAGGUGGUGUGCUACACAUUAGGAAACAUUCCUCAGAUGCCCUCUGCACCAAGACUUGUUCGAGCUGGGGUCACAUGGGUCACUUUGCAGUGGAAUAAACCAGAAGGCUGUUCGCCUGAGGAAGUAGUCACCUACACCUUGGAAAUCCAGGAGGACGAAAACGAUAACCUUUUCCACCCAAAAUACACUGGAGAGGAUUUAACCUGUACUGUGAAAAAUCUCAAAAGAAGCACACAGUAUAAGUUCAGGCUGACUGCUUCUAAUAUGGAAGGGAAAAGCUGCCCAAGUGAAGUUUUGGUUUGUACGACGAGUCCUGACAGGCCUGGACCUCCUACAAGACCCCUCAUUAAAGGACCAGUUACAUCUCAUGGUUUUAGUGUUAAAUGGGAUCCUCCAAAGGACAACGGUGGUUCAGAAAUACUCAAGUACUUGCUAGAGAUUACUGAUGGAAAUUCUGAAGCAUCGGGGAUCAGAGUCUGCUUGAAAUCGAGUCAGUGGGAAGUGGCCUACAGUGGGUCGGCUACAGAGUACACUUUCACCCACUUGAAACCAGGCACUUUGUACAAACUCCGAGCAUGCUGCAUAAGUACUGGUGGACACAGUCAGUGUUCUGAAAGUCUCCCUGUUCGCACACUAAGCAUUGCACCAGGUCAGUGUCGCCCACCGAGGGUUUUGGGUAGACCAAAGCACAAAGAAGUCCACUUAGAGUGGGAUGUUCCUGCCUCUGAAAGUGGCUGUGAGGUCUCAGAGUACAGCGUGGAGAUGACGGAACCUGAGGAUGUCGCUUCGGAGGUGUACCACGGGCCCAAGCUUGAGUGCACCGUUGGCAACCUACUUCCCGGAACCAUGUAUCGCUUCAGGGUGAGAGCUCUGAAUGAUGGAGGGUAUGGUCCCUAUUCUGAUGUCUCAGAAAUUACCACGGCUGCAGGGCCUCCUGGACAGUGCAAAGCACCUUGUAUCUCUUUUACGCCUGAUGGAUGUGUCCUAGUGAGUUGGGAGAGUCCUGAAAGCUCUGGUGCUGAUAUCUCAGAGUACAGGUUGGAGUGGGGAGAAGAUGAAGAAUCCUUAGAACUCAUUUAUCAUGGGACAGACACCGGCUUUGAAAUGAGGGAUCUGUUGCCUGCUGCACAGUAUUGCUGUAGGUUACAGGCCGUUAAUCAAGCUGGAGCAGGACCAUACAGUGAGCUUGUCCUUUGCCAGACGCCAGCAUCUGCCCCUGACCCUGUCUCCACUCUGUGUGUCCUGGAGGAGGAGACCCUCAACGCCUAUCCUGAUCCGCCUUCUGUGUGCCUUGUACUGAGCUGGGAAGAACCGUGCAAUAAUGGAUCUGACAUCCUUGCUUAUAAUAUUGAUCUUGGAGACACUAGCAUCACUGUGGGCAAUACCACCACCCACGUUAUGAAAGACCUCCUUCCGGAAACCACCUACCGGAUCAGAAUUCAGGCCAUAAAUGAAAUUGGAGCUGGACCAUUUAGUCAGUUCAUUAAAGCAAAAACUCGGCCGUUACCACCGUUGCCUCCUAGGCUCGAAUGUGCCGCUGCUGGGCCCCAGAGCCUGAAGCUGAAAUGGGGAGACGGUAAUGCCAGGACGCACGCGGCUGAUGGCACGGUGUACACACUGCAGCUGGAGGACAGAAACAAGAGGUUUAUUUCAAUCUACAGAGGACCCAGCCACACCUAUAAGGUCCAGAGGCUGACUGAAUUCACAUGCUACUCCUUCAGAAUCCAGGCAGCCAGCGAGGCUGGGGAAGGGCCUUUCUCGGAAACCUACACCUUCAGCACAACCAAGAGUGUCCCCCCCAGCAUCAAAGCACCUCGAGUAACACAGUUAGAAGGAAAUUCAUGUGAAAUUUUAUGGGAGACGGUACCACCCAUGAAAGGCGAUCCUGUCAACUACAUUCUGCAGGUAUUGGUUGGAAGAGAAUCUGAGUACAAACAGGUGUACAAGGGAGAAGAAGCCACAUUCCAAAUCUCAGGCCUCCAGACCAACACAGACUAUAGGUUCCGCGUGUGUGCGUGUCGUCGCUGUUUAGACACCUCUCAGGAGCUAAGCGGAGCUUUCAGCCCCUCUGCGGCUUUUGUACUACAACGAAGUGAGGUCAUGCUUACAGGGGACAUGGGGAGCUUAGAUGAUCCCAAAAUGAAGAGCAUGAUGCCUACUGAUGAACAGUUUGCAGCCCUCAUUGUGGUUGGCUUUGCAACUUUGUCCAUUUUAUUUGCCUUUAUAUUACAGUACUUCUUAAUGAAGUAAACAAACCCAGCAAAACUAGAGGAACGAGUGAGUGGCUUUCUGAUGCUCUAUAUGUCAAACUCCUCCCUGGCACAAGAAAAUUCCAGUCAUGUGAAGCAAAAUGCCCUUUGUCCUCAAAGAAAUUGUUUAAAAAGAAAACAACUUUUUAAAAAGAUUUUUUGAAUAUUACCUGCCUUGUUCUUAUCAACUUGAAACGUUGGCAUUUUCUAACCGUGUUUUGUUGGCUACAGUAAUUCAGUAUGCCUGUCAAAAUUGAAAAGUGCCCUAACUGAAUGUGUUUGAAUGUUAUCCUUGCACAGUUCUUUAAAUUGAAAGACAAAAUGUUUUACCUCACUGUUGGACAUACAUUCCAAGCUUUUCAACUUUAGGAGAAAAAAAAAAAAUCAUAUGUUUUCCUGUAAAUUUUAGACUAUUUCAUAUACAUUGUAUUAAAACUGCCAUAUCAAUUUUAAUGUAUAGAUUUUGCAAAUACUAUGCUAUAUGUAAUACCUAACUGUAUCUGUAGUGUAUAUGUAAUAUAUUUAUGCCCAAUAAAUGUUUUAAUUCUUUCUGACUUAA